GGUGAGUUCCGGGCGGCCGCGGAACCAGGCCCAGUGCAGGCCCUUCCUCCUUCCCUCGUCCCGCGUCUCCAGCGGUGCCAGCUGCGCCGGAGCCCCGAGAUUCAGCCGCCCCCACACAGAUGCCCACCCACGGCCUCCUGGUCCUCCAGACCUCACAGAUGUCACCACGCUCAUGACAGUGAUUCAUUGCCGAGAUAAUACUGCCAUUUGGAACAAGGGAAGUACAAUCUGUAGCUUUUCAUAUGCAUUCGCCACCUUUCAUUUCCAGAGAGCUUACAAGGACUUGAUUCAGCUGCACCUAUUUGUUUUGUGGCCCCUUUGUUUUUACCCUGUCCGAAGCCAUCAUGUCGCUGAAAACUGAGCCAAUAGUGAAUAUAUCUGCGCUGCAGAAAAUCGCUGCUGACAUGAGUAAUUUGAUAGAAAACCUGGACACGCGGGAGCUCCACUUUGAGGGAGAGGAGGUGGACUACGAUGUGUCUCCCAGCGAUCCCAAGACACAGGAAGUGUAUAUCCCUUUCUCUGCUAUUUAUAAGACUCAAGGAUUUAAGGAGCCUAACGUGCAGACGUACCUCUCUGGCUGUCCAAUAAAAGCCCAAGUUCUGGAAGUGGAGCGCUUUACGUCUACAACAAAGGCACGGAGUAUCAAUCUUUACACUAUUGAAUUAACACAUGGAGAAUUUAAAUGGCAAGUUAAAAGGAAAUUCAAGCAUUUUGAAGAAUUUCACAGAGAGCUGCUCAAGUACAAAGCCUUUAUCCGAAUCCCCAUUCCCACCAGAAGACACACAUUUAGAAGACAGAAUGUCAAAGAAGAGCCUCGAGAGAUGCCAAGCUUGCCCCGUUCCUCUGAAAACACCAUGAAAGAAGAACAGUUCCUUGGGAGGAGGAAACAACUGGAAGAUUACUUGACAAAGCUACUAAAAAUGCCCAUGUAUAGAAACUAUCAUGCAACAACAGAAUUCCUUGAUAUAAGCCAGCUGUCUUUCAUUCAUGAUUUGGGACCAAAGGGCAUAGAAGGCAUGAUAAUGAAAAGAUCCGGAGGACACAGGAUACCUGGCUUGAAUUGCUGUGGUCAGGGAAGAGUCUGUUACCGGUGGUCAAGAAGGUGGUUGAUAGUGAAAGACUCCUUUUUACUGUACAUGAAGCCAGACAAUGGAGCCAUAGCGUUCGUCCUGCUGGUGGAUAAAGAAUUCAGAAUUAAGGUGGGAAAGAAGGAGACAGACACGAAAUAUGGACUCCGAAUUGAUAACCUUUCAAGGACACUUAUUUUAAAAUGCAACAGCUAUAGACAUGCCCGGUUGUGGGCAGGAGCUAUAGAAGAAUUCAUCCAGAAAUAUGGCAGUAACUUCCUCAAAGAUCACCGAUUUGGGUCAUAUGCUACUCUUCAAGAGAACAUUUUAGCUAAAUGGUAUGUUAAUGCCAAAGGAUAUUUUGAAGAUAUUGCAAAUGCGAUGGAAGAGGCAAAAGAAGAGAUUUUUAUCACAGAUUGGUGGUUGAGUCCAGAAAUCUUCCUGAAACGCCCUGUGGUUGAAGGAAAUCAUUGGAGAUUGGACUACAUUCUUAAACGAAAAGCACAAGAGGGGGUGAGGAUCUUCAUAAUACUCUACAAAGAGGUGGAACUUGCACUUGGAAUAAACAGUGAAUACAGCAAGAAGACCUUAAUGCGUCUACACCCCAACAUAAAGGUGAUGAGGCACCCAGAUCAUGUGUCGUCCGCUGUAUAUCUGUGGGCUCAUCAUGAGAAACUUGUCAUCAUUGACCAGUCAGUGGCCUUCGUAGGCGGGAUCGAUCUGGCCUAUGGCAGGUGGGAUGACAAUGAGCACAGACUGACAGACGUGGGCAGCGUGAAGCGUGUCAUCUCUGGACCGUCUCUGUGUUCUCUCCCAUCUUCACAGGCUGAAAUAACAGAAUCUAUGGAAUCCUUAAGCCUCAAAGAUAAAAAGGAGUCUGCUAAAAAUCUGCCCAUCCUGAAGACUGCUGAUGAUAUGGAUUCAAAACUGAAAGGCAUAGGCAAACCCAGCAAGUUCUCCAAAUUCAGCCUCUACAGGCAGUUGCACAGGCACCACCUGCACAGCUCCGACAGCCUCAGCAGCAUCGACAGCGCCUCCAGUUAUUGUAAUCACUGUAGGAGCCAUCAGAAUUUAAUCCAUGGUUUAAAGCCCCACUUGAAACUCUUUCGCUCUGCCAGUGAUUCUGAGCAGGGGCUCCCUAGACCUGCCAUAGACACGGGCUCAGUCCGCAGUUUGCAGACAGGCGUGGGAGAGCUCCAUGGGGAAACACGAUUCUGGCAUGGAAAGGACUACUGCAAUUUUGUCUUCAAAGACUGGAUCCAACUGGAUAAACCUUUUGCUGAUUUCAUAGACAGGUACUCCACCCCCCGAAUGCCAUGGCAUGACAUUGGCUCUGUGGUCCACGGGAAGGCGGCUCGUGAUGUGGCACGUCACUUCAUCCAGCGCUGGAACUUCACCAAGAUUAUGAAACCAAAAUAUCGGUCCCUUUCUUAUCCUUUUCUACUUCCAAAAUCUCACACAACAGCCCAUGAGUUGAAAUACCAAGUGCCUGGGUCCAUCCGUGCUAACGUUCAGUUGCUGCGCUCUGCUACUGAUUGGUCUGCUGGGAUAAAGUACCAUGAAGAGUCCAUCCACACUGCUUACGUCCACGUGAUAGAGAACAGCAAGCACUAUAUCUAUAUAGAAAACCAGUUUUUUAUAAGCUGCGCAGAUGACAAGGUUGUGUUCAACAAGAUAGGCGACGCCAUUGCCCAGAGGAUCCUGAGAGCUUACAGGGAAGGCCGGAGAUACCGGGUGUAUGUUGUGAUACCGCUUCUGCCAGGGUUUGAAGGAGACAUUAAAACGGGCGGAGGAAACGCUCUCCAGGCGAUAAUGCACUUCAACUUCAGGACCAUGUGCAGAGGAGAAAAUUCCAUCCUUGGACAGUUAAAAGUAGAGCUUGGCAAUCAGUGGAUAAAUUAUAUAUCAUUCUGUGGUCUUAGAACACAUGCAGAGCUUGAAGGAAACCUAGUCACUGAGCUCAUCUACGUCCACAGCAAGUUGCUAAUUGCUGAUGACAACACUGUUAUUAUUGGCUCUGCCAACAUCAAUGACCGAAGCAUGCUGGGAAAGCGAGACAGUGAAAUGGCAGUCAUUGUAGAGGACACCGAGACGGUCCCUUCAGUGAUGGAUGGAGAAGAGUACCAGGCAGGCCGGUUUGCCCACGGACUUCGGCUACAGUGUUUUAGGGUUGUCCUUGGCUAUCUUUCUGACUCAAGUGAGGACAUUCAGGAUCCAGUGAGUGACAAAUUCUUCAAGGAGGUGUGGGUUUCAACGGCAGCUCGAAAUGCUACAAUUUAUGACAAGGUGUUCCGGUGCCUUCCCAAUGAUGAAGUGCACACUUUAAUUCAGCUGAGAGACUUUAUAACCAAGCCCAUAUUGGCGAAGGAAGAUCCCAUCAGAGCUGAGGAAGAACUGAAAAAGAUCCGUGGGUUCUUGGUGCAAUUCCCCUUUAAUUUCUUGUCUGGAGAAUGCCUACUGCCUUCUGUUGGAACCAAAGAAGCCAUGGUGCCCAUGGAGGUUUGGACUUAAGAGUUAUCAGCUCAGAGACUUCCACCCCAAAGAGCACACUGCGCACAGUGACUUUCUGAAGCCAAACAGCCAAGAGCAGCCUGAUGCACUCUUGUGUCCAACCCAUGGACCCUUUGGGUUGGUUGGGAGGGGCUGAUGUAAGGACACUGAACGUCAUCAGGGCUUUACAUUCCUCCUGCCUAUCCUCGCGAGAAAGGGACUGCAUUCUUAUUGGUAGCAUAUACUCAACAACUUGAACACACACGCAAAUUCCAUGAUGUACACCAAAGUGCAUUUCCCUUACCAACAAGAAUUUACCUGUAACUGUGAUCUAGGUUGCCAAAAGUCACCUGAACUUCCUUAUUCUUCUCUGACUUUCAUUUAUGCAGCUAAUGUCUGCUGGACCUGCCCUCAUAGUCCAUACAGCGCUGGUUGAGAUCUUGUUUAUUGUUAGAAGGUAUCAUGCUGCUGCUUCAAGGUUCUUCAAGGUUACGUGCAAUACCCUUGCCCAUCUGGUCCUGAAGUGGUAGUGUUCCCCAAGCAAGGAUGCGGUCAUUAUUCCUUUUCAGUGACUGACAGGAUAGUAAACACUCUCUACAGCAGCCCAUGUUAGGCAGUUCUGAUAACAUUGACACUCUAUAAUACAUAUCCUGACACCACAGAGCAACAGGAAGGAAUUAAAUUCAGUUAUUGAGACAGAGAUUUCACUUUGCCUCUAAAGGCACUGACAAGAUGUGUCCUUCUGAUGAGGUCUGCCUGAUCGAAUUUGAAAACAUGUGUAGGAUAUUUGAUUACACAGCAACCGAUAAAACUCAAAGACAGAGCAGGAAGCCUUCAGAAACCUCCAGGUGUCAGUGGGAAUCUGAUCCAGAUAAGAAAAUAAGAUUCCUUAGAGUCCUGCAAAAUUUCCUGUCAUCCUGAGCUGCUGGAUUGAUUGAAAUUUGAGGCUUUUCUAUUUCAAAAUCAAACCAGUGAAUGCAAUUUGUCUUUCAAGAGAAUCAGAGAUUUUAUAACUCAUACCAAGUUAAUAAGUAGGAGUCCAGCCUUUUUUGACACUCAGCUCUCCAGCAGUGUUAUCUUCUUAAAGAAAAAUUGAUUGCAAAAGAUGUGCUAUUUCACUUGCAUUAUUAAAUAUACAUUAACAUUCCACCCAGGGCUUCCAAAGAGGUUAGGAUAUUCGUUAAUUCAUACUGUUCUAGUCUGUGAAUUGUUCUGGAAACCUUUUUUUUUUUCCUUUUUGGACAUUAGAGUGCCUUUUGGUACACCGUAGCUCUAAUUUUACUAAGCAGAGCUAUUUUUAUAGCCAAAGAGCUAAUGUUGGCUCCCAAAAGGCCUGUGUCCAUAAAACAUGGGGUAGGUGCAAUGCUUUCAUGUCUGUGGAUUACCUGGACAGAAUUUCAUUUGGGUUCUUCAAAGUAGCCAGGACCCAACCCCUGUUUUCAUUGAGCUCAUAGUCCAGUGGGAAAGGUUAAUUAGGGGCACAAUGUCAGUGAUCUUAGGAGAGGAUUUCACAGCUAGAAAACUUUUUACAAAUGAAGUGGGAUUGUGUAAUCAACAGUGGAAAUGAGUAGGCUUUAUGAAUAAAUAACUUUUUUCUUAGAUAGCUAAUCAUGGUAACAGAACUUCAUUCUUUAGCAGUUGUAAAUAAGAUAUUUGUUAUUUAUGAAGUUUAGAUUGGCAUUUCAAGUGUUGAGUGUAUGUGGAAUACCUAAGGAUUUCUUAUAUUUCAUUUUUAAACAUUUUUAAAAAUCACAGAACUGUCAUCAAACUGGCUCUUGACUUUGUGCAAGAGUCUCCUUUAAAACCAUGAAAAAAAGAGCCUAAGGACCCUUUUCCUUUAAAAAAUUACUUAAUUCUACCUCCCCUCAUUUUACAGAGUGGUUUACCUUAGAGAUCGUUAACCUGGAACUCAUGUAAUGUCUACAGUUCAUUAUUGACCUCUCCUCUCCCUUUAUCAUAGAUGUCAGUACAGAUUUCAGAAAGGAUCUUUCAAAGCAAUUUUGAAACCCAGUGAUAUUAUGUAUUUAGGUGUUUUGUCUGUCUCCCCUACUAGAAUGUAAGCCCCCUGUGGCAGGGACUUUCCUGUGUUUAGUUCAAUGUACCCCAGAGCCUAGAACAGUGCCUGGUACAUACAAGGUGCUCAAUAAAUGCUUGUUGGGUGAAUAAAUGAGGUGGAGGAGAGUGCUAAUGAAUUGAAAAACUUA